UGCGCCAGCCCGCGGCGGCUCCAAGCUGCAGGCCCUCUUCGCCCACCCGCUGUACAGCGCGGCGGAGGAGCCGCCGCUCCUGGGGCCGGAAGACUCGCUGCUGGCCAGCCAGGAGGCGCUGCGGUACUACCGGAGGAAGGUGGCCCGCUGGAACAGACGACACAAGAUGUACAAGGAGCAGCUGAACAUCACCUCCCUGGACACCCCGCUGCAGCUCCAGCUGGAGGCCAGCUGGUUCCAGUUUCACCUGGGGAUCAACCGCCAUGGACUGUACUCCCGGUCCAGCCCUGUGGUCAGCAGACUGCUCCGUGACAUGAGGAGCUUCCCCACCAUCAGUGCCGGUGCGUCCGAGGGGUCCAGGGGGUGGGGGGAAAAUAAGCCUCUAUUGGGGCGCUGCCGGCUUGUUCAGGUUGUGAAGCCCAGUGGCGUCCACCUCAAGCUGGUGCUGAGGUUCUCAGACUUCGGGAAGGCCAUGUUCAAACCCAUGAGACAGCAGCGAGAUGAAGAGACGCCUGAGGACUUCUUCUAUUUCAUCGACUUCCAGAGACACAAUGCUGAAAUUGCAGCUUUCCAUCUGGACAGGAUUCUGGACUUCCGGCGGGUGCCACCCACGGUGGGGAGGCUGGUCAAUGUCACCAAGGAAAUCCUAGAGGUCACCAAGAACGAGAUCCUGCAGAGCGUUUUCUUCGUCUCUCCAGCCAGCAACGUGUGCUUCUUUGCCAAGUGCCCCUACAUGUGCAAGACGGAGUACGCGGUCUGCGGCAGCCCGCACCUGCUGGAGGGCUCCCUGGCCGCGUUCCUGCCGUCCCUCAACCUGGCCCCCCGGCUCUCUGUGCCCAACCCCUGGAUCCGCUCCUACACGCUGGCGGGAAAGGAGGAGUGGGAGGUCAAUCCCCGGUACUGCGACACGGUGAGGCAGGUGCCCCCCUACAGCGGCAGCACCCGGCUGCUCAACAUCAUCGACAUGGCCGUCUUCGACUUCCUCAUUGGAAACAUGGACCGUCACCACUACGAGAUGUUCACCAAAUUCGGGGAUGACGGGUUCCUUAUUCACCUGGACAAUGCCAGAGGGUUUGGCCGGCACUCCCACGACGAGCUCUCCAUCCUGGCGCCGCUCUCCCAGUGCUGCAGGAUCAAAAGGAAAACACUGCUGCACCUGCAGCUGCUGGCCCAGGCCGACUACAGGCUGAGCGAGGUGAUGCGGGAGUCCCUGCUGCAGGACCAGCUGGCCCCUGUCCUCACGGAGCCCCACCUCCUGGCCCUGGACCGCAGACUCCAGCUCGUCCUGAAGACGGUGGAGGGCUGCAUCGAGGCCCACGGAGAGCAGAGUGUGGUGGCCGGUGGCCCAGCAGAGCCCUCGGCCGCAGGCCCUGGCCAGGCUACUGUGCCCCGCUAGGGCGGGCAGAGUCCCUGUGGGGGCCAGCAGUGGGCGCAAGCUGCCCGCACCCUUCCGCCGGUGGCCCCGGAGCUCAGGGAGCGGCAGGGCACUGGGAUUACUCUAAAGGGCAAAGGUGGGGCCCACAGACGCUUCGCCUCGGUGCCGUCCGCAGAGGAGCCCAGGACACUGUGGCUCCCUCCGGGGAAGCGCGGGCUCCAGGCGCCCGACCGCACCUGCAAAGUCCAGGCACGGGUCAGGCUUGAGCCUUGUUCCGAGGAGCGUAUUAACUGUAACAAAUAAAAGGACAUCAGAUG